AGCAGCCGCUUCUGGCUGGAGCCCGCGGCCGCCACCGUCGGCCGCCGGACAGCCGCGCCGCGGGCGCGCGCCUGCGCCUUCGCGGGGAUGUCGCAGCAGGGCGGGGCCUCGAAGGUCCUGCUGAUGGGCCGGGCCGGCGCAGGCAAGACGUCGAUGAAGUCCAUCAUCUUCGCCAACUACUUGGCACGGGACACGAACCGCUUGCACCAGACAAACUACGGAUAUCGAGCACUCCUCCCUGAAGUUCUUGGGGAACCUGCGCCUGAAUCUCUGGGACUGUGGGGGCCAGGACGCGUUCAUGGAGAACUAUUUCGAGUCGCAGCGCGAGACGAUCUUCCAGGACGCCAAGGUCCUUAUCUACGUGGUGGUCGCGGUCAACGACAGGGCGAAGGGUACCGCCGAGAAUAUCAAGGACUACUACUUCCACCACGCCAUGGACUCGCUGCGCCAGUUCUCCCCCAAAGCUCGCGUGUUCUGCCUGAUCCACAAGCUCGACCUGGUCCACGAGAGCAAGCGGGACGAGGUCCUCAAGAGGUACGAGCAGGACCUGCGUGCCGCCGCGCCGGGGCAGAACGUCACCUGCUUCGGGACCUCCAUCUGGGACGAGACCUUGUUCAAGGCCUGGUCUCAGAUAGUGAACUCGCUGAUUCCUGAGAUUGACCAGCUGAGCUCGCAGCUGGAGCACAUAUGCCGGGUCUGUGAGGCGGACGAGGUCGUCCUUUUCGAGAAAAACACAUUCCUGCUGAUCUCCCACUCGUCGAGGAGAUGCAUCGAGGACUCCCACCGUUUCGAGAAGAUAUCGAAUAUUGUCAAGCAGUUCAAGCUGAGCUGCGGGAAGGUGAAGACGAGUUUCCGCUCGUUCCAGGUGAAGAAUUCGCUUUUCUCGGCGACGAUCGAGCCCUUCCUGCAGCACAGCUUCGUCAUGGUGGUGGUGUCCGACCCGCAGAUACACUCCGCCGCUGUGGCCGCCAAUUUGUGGGCCGCCAGGACCGGGCCACUUCGCAGAGCUCUCGAAGCAGGGCGCCCCCUGGGGCGCCCACCUGUGAGGGCCUCGCACGCGCGCGCGCGCGUGAUGGCGCCGUUCCGCGGCCGCACGGUCGGGGCCACUGCUCCGCGACCCAACGGAUACGGGGCGCUUUUUCCGCGGAUGCCCGCGCGGCACGCAGUCGUUCGACCGCGUCUCCGCGGACCGCGCCCCAGAACCCAGGCCGCGAGGGCGCGGAGACCCACGUGCACUUCGAGCUUGGCCAGUCCCCUGUCGUUCUGCGGCUCUUUCAGCGCGCCCCGCCGCGCGUGCGCUGCGCGGCCUCCCCGCGCAGGCCGGCCGGCCUCCCCGGCGGGGGCACCCGCGUGAGGCCCGCUCGGCGGGGCGCGGGCGGGGCACAGGGCGCGGCCUCCCGCGCGCGCCGCGG